CGCCUGACGCUUCGCUCGACGCACAGGAAGAGAAACCACACAUCUGUCGCCGCAAGUUUAAAUAUGACGAUUCAUUUGUUGUUUUGACGUGUAUUUUGUCGUGUUGACGUUGCUGUAGCGGUAUUUAGGGUAAUAAUGCUGGAUGGUUGGACUAAUGAAGUUCAGUUUGGAUUUCUGCCGGUUACUGGGGCUCAGCGGCUCCAGUGAUAAGAGGCCAGAGGUGAUGGACACAGGUGCCCUCCCCGAACAGAAUGACCACACACUCUUACAGGAUGUCUUAAUUGGUGAGGAGGAUCUUAGUGAGGAGGAGAAGGCCAGACGGAAAGCAGAGAGGCGCAAAGCCAAGAGGAAGCGUCAACGUCAGCGGAAGAAACUAGAGCGGGGUAAAAAGGAUGAAAGUACUGAACAGGGGGAUGAGAAUGCCGGAGCUGAUUCUGAACUUGACGAGUCUGAGGAGUCUGAGCCAGAGGAGGUGGAAGGUAUAGGCCUUUCAAAGGUGGAAGAGAAGCCAGUUGCUCCUUCAAGUAAAAGUUCUCCUGGACCUCCACUGGCAUCAGGGAACAAAAGCAACCGGCAACCGACGGCCCGGUCUAGUGAGGAGGACCCAGGGUGGGAUGUGAAUAGUGCUUUUGUUGCCAAUGCCGUCAGUCAUAUUCGACCCAAAGCUAAAAGUAAAGGAGCUCACAAGUCGAAAGAGAACAAGGAAAAUGAGAGCAGAACAGGAGAAGUCAUUGGCUUAUCAGAUGCUAAAACAAACAGAAGUGCCUUACUAGUAGAAAAAGGGAUUCGAUUUGUUCAAGAGGGUCAGUACACGCAAGCUCUUAGUCUGUUUACAGAGGCCAUCAAAUGUGACCCGAAAGACUACAGGUUUUUUGGAAAUCGCUCCUACUGCUACUGUUGUCUGGAGCAGUAUCCUCUGGCCCUCACAGAUGCUGAGAAGUCCAUCCAAAUGGCUCCCGAUUGGCCCAAAGGCUAUUACCGUAGGGGAAGUGCACUAAUGGGACUUAAGAGGUACUGUGAAGCUGAGAAAGCCAUGGAACAGGUGCUAAAACUGGACCAAGGCUGCGAAGAAGCGGUCAAUGACCUCUUGUACUGUAAGGUGCAACAACUUAUGGAUCUUGGAUAUGAUGAGGAACUGAGUAUUCAGUUGCUGGAAAAAUACAACACCGUGCAGGCUGUUGUUGCAGCGAAGACUUCAAAUCAGGACUGUGCUUUCCUCCAACCAGGUCCUUGCAAUUCCUUGUGGGUUGGAAACGUGACCACAGAACUGACAGAGAAACAUCUGCGGGACCUCUUCAAAAUUUAUGGAGAAAUCGACAGCAUUCGGGUUCUGCACGAACGUUUCUGUGCAUUUGUUAACUUUAAAAAUGCCAACAUGGCCUUCCAUGCGAUCGAGAAACUCAAUGGACAUUUUAUUGAGAAUACCCGACUAGUGGUUCGAUAUCCAGAUCGACGGAUUCAGAGAGUCCUGCCAACACCUGCCAUUCCACAACCUGCAGGGGCUGCUGGGCCAAGACGCAGAGGUCCUAUCAACAGUGAUGAGUGUUACUUCUGGAGGACCACCGGCUGUCAUUUUGGAGAUAGGUGUCGCUAUAAGCACAUUCCUGAUCAUCGAGGCAAAGACUGGCAACCUUGAGUCAACACUAGCCUCUCUUUCUCUCCCCUAAGAACUCUGGGAGACGACUGCAUGACUGUUGGGACUGUAAUCUUCACUUUGAUUAUCUGUAGGUCAGUACCAGUAUUGUGGAUCAGAGUCUUACGACGGCUCUCUUGAGGUCAGAGUUCUUCACUGUCAGACUCCGAACCUCACGGGGUUUCAAAGCAGACAGGACUCUGGGAAAAGUCUCUUUUGAGGUGAGGUUUGGGUGGUGCAGAGUGCCAGAGCUUCGCUGCACCGCAUUGCCGUCUGCUGAGGUUUACAUGGCCUCUCAUAUCGUGUGCUCUCUUCUCUCUUCCUGUGCCAACACCACCAACCCAAAGAAGAGCCAUAGAUCUGAUUUGACAUUUGAGUUCAUCCCAAGAGACCGACUUCAAUUCUGUAUUUGAGGUCGCAAACCCUCAAAAUGAGGAUGGGAGAAUCGUACCAAAGAAUAAUACUAUGCCAUAUGUGGAUUUUACGUUGAGAAAGAGAAAAGGCAUUCAGGGAAAAUUAGCUUAUUAGUUUUACUUGUGUGUUUUGCUUUGAUUCCACCACCUUGGACACACUCCAACUCUUCAUUCAUCCAUAUUUUUAAUUGGACUUUUCCAGUAAGUUCUCUCAAACGCCACUAAAUUUAAGACAUUUGAGGGCAUAUCAGUAUUGCAAAGGGGUUUGCGCAAUUAUUUGAAGAAAUUAUGUCUCAUGAUUAAUUAUUUUCAGUUCUUCUUUUUGAUUUUUCUUGCACUUUACCAUAUCAGAUAGUGACCUCUAGGCUGUUCCUCAAGCGAAAAACAUGGUGGAUGCUGUUUUUCCCCCCCUCCCUUAAGAUGAGUGUAUGUUUGGUCAGAAUCGUGUCGCUAAAGGUAUUGAUGAUCUGUAGUCAUCGGUGGUAUUUAUUUUUUUUCAUGGUAUUUUCCAAUGGUAUGUCAUUGCCAUUUAGAUAUUAUUUACAUUUAUCUAUAAAUAUGAACAUGGAAUGCUCCACAAAAUGCAGAAAAUCUUGUGGUUUUCUUAUGUAAGAGUUCUGAGACACAGGGAACUCUUGCUUUGGCACUUUUCAUGCCGUCAGUGCAAAGUUGAUCGGGUGGUUUUCAUCAUUUCCUCUUUUAUUUAACGUUCUUUCUCUUGGUUUAGUGGAUAAGAAGGAAGUUGGCUGUUUGAGACAUGUCUUCCACCUCAUGACAUCAUCUUGUAGAACAGCAUGCACAUUUUUUGUUUAAGUUAUUAUUGGUAUGAUAAUGAUUUCAUCAAGCGAUAUUCUCGUUUCAAUGCAUUUGAAAACUUUUAUAACCUCGUUGUGCUCUUCUGAAACACUUAACCAAAGAAACACUAAUGUUAACCUAGUGUACUACAGACAAAUACAUUGCUAUUUUUGUACAUUACACUAUUUACGACGUGUCAGUUAAUGACUUUUCCUCAGUUUUUAGAUAUGACUGCAUGGGUUUUUAUGCAGGCUAUAGUCACACUAGUGCUUUUAGUUUAGUUGGGCUUCUUUUGACUCUGUGACAGUCCAGAGUGCCUUGAAAAUAUGUGCUUUCCUGUCAGAUGAGUUAUUUUAGCAUUAAUCUUUAAG